AUGACGAACACCAACGAAGAGAGUGGUUUUGGUACCGGUGAGACUGCUCUCGCGACGACCACUACUCACGAGAGCAGCAAUAAACAACCGUACCCAACAUCCGCGAAAGAGUACCAAAUAACCGAUGAAAUCGGUCGAGGCGUUUCCGGGGUCGUCUGGAAAGCCACCAUCCCUUCAAAACAAAACGAACAAGUCGCGAUUAAAGUCCUCGAUUUAGAGGACCAAGACCAAAACUAUUUGGAGGAAAUCAGACGAGAAGCGCAGACGAUGAGCAUGCUCUCGCACCCGAACUUGGUCAGGUAUUAUUGCUCGUUUAUCGAGAAGUCGAGCCUGUGGGUGGUGAUGCCGUAUUUAGAGGGCGGGUCGGUGUUGAAUCUGAUGAAGUGGAAACACUUGACGCGAGAGGAGGAUGAAGAGAGAGGAGAAGGGAACAACACCAGCACUAACGAAUCGGUCGCGUCGACGAGUGAGUCGAUUGGUUUAGACGAAACGACCGUGGCGACCAUCUUGAAAGGAACGUUAAAGGCGUUGGAUUAUUUCCAUCGCAACGGGAACAUCCACCGAGACGUGAAAGCGGGGAACAUAUUAGUCGACGCGAACGGGGACGUGAAAUUAGCCGAUUUUGGCGUCUCUGCGAGUUCCUGGGGGAGUGGAGGGAGACCUCGUUCGCACCAAACGUUCGUCGGGACGCCGUGUUGGAUGGCGCCGGAAGUGAUGGAACAAGUUUCCGGGUACGACUUUCACGCCGACAUAUGGAGCUUGGGGAUUACCGUGUUGGAAUUGUGUCACGGGCACGCGCCGUUUGCAAAGUAUCCACCGAUGAAAGUUUUGUUGAUGACGUUGCAAAACCCACCACCGACGUUGGAGUCGUCGGCGCAAUCCGGCGCUGGCGGCGUCGGCGGCGGGCCGAAGAAAACGUUCUCGAGAGCGUUGAAAGAAUUCGUCGGUUUGUGUUUGCAAAAAGAUCCGAGCAAAAGACCGUCCGCGGAGAAGUUACUGGAACACAGGUUUUUGAAAGAAGCCAAAAAGUCAGAUUACAUCGUCAAGACGUUGUUAAAAGAUAUUCCGAGUUUAGGCGAACGAACGAAACAGUUGUUGGAAAGAGACGCGAAACGGAGAGAGGCGAAACGGAAAGGCGAAGAUAUCGGGAAAACCGCGGAACAAGAGGAAGCGGAGAGUCAAGCGGCGUAUAAGCACGGCGUGAGCAUGUGGAACUUCAACUUGGACGAACUGAAAGCGGAAGCUGCGGCGAUCGAUAACGAAGUCGGCGGCGGCGACCCUUCGGCGAAGAGUUCUUUACAAAAGAAAGGGUCGCGGUUCAAAAUCAUCGAAGAAGAAAACAGCGGCGCGGGUUCCGAUUCCGGCGCGAGCACGCAAAGCGCCAAGAUUGAACAGAAAGGACGGUUUACCAUAUCCGACGACACGCCGGCGCAACAACAAGAACAGCAACAACCUCAGCAGCCUCAACGAAAAGUCACCAAAAAAGGCCGAUUCAUCGUCGAGGAAGAACACAACGUCGCGGCUUCUUCUUCUCAAAGAAGCUCCGGCGGCAUUGGCGCAUCAGAAAUCGAGCAAAUGUGCGAAAAAAUGGUCCUUUUCUCUCGACAGCAAGACGAUGUCAUUCGCUCGCUCCGGGAAGAGAACGAGAGUUUGCGGAGGAGAGUCGCCGAGUUGGGCGGAUGA